CUCUGACGUCAUAAUUAAUGGUGCUUUGCUUCAACAGUGUUUGAACGGGCAUCUUUGCGAUUUAUCAACUUAAUAAAAUUCAGCUUUGAUUUCAUUAAAUUUAUCGAAAUUCAAUCGUAAAUCAUGUCAGUCAGUAAAGUUAGACAAAAUUUCCAUGAAGAAUGUGAAGCCGGGAUCAACAAGCAAAUUAACAUGGAAUUGUACGCAAGCUACGUGUAUCUCUCUAUGAGCUACUACUUUGAUAGGGAUGACGUAGCUUUGCCUGGAUUCUGUAAGUACUUUAAGAAGAGUAGUGACGAAGAACGUGAGCAUGCCGAAAAAUUUAUGAAAUACCAGAACAUGAGAGGAGGCCGUAUUGUACUUAAGCCUAUAGAGAAACCUGCUUUGGAAGAUUGGAUGGGUGGUUUGCAAGCUAUGAAAGCAGCGCUGGAAUUGGAAAAGACAGUGAAUCAAUCCUUGUUAGACCUGCAUGGCUUGGCCACUGCUCACAACGAUGCCCAAAUGUGUGAUUUUUUGGAGAGUGAAUUCCUGAAAGAGCAAGUAGAAUCUAUCAAAGAGCUGUCUGAUUAUGUCACCAACUUGCAGCGUGUGGGCACUGGUCUUGGCGAGUACAUGUUUGACAAGGAGACUCUGCAUGGAGAAGAAUAACAGCAUUUCUUCUUUUGAAACUGCUUAGAAGCUUUGUUGAAUGAAGAUCCUUUUUAGUUCUUAAAAUAUACUUAAGCCGAUAGCUUUUGAGCAUUUGCAGUUCUCUUUUCAAAUGUGCAGUUCCAUGCAACAUUCUCUGUAGAAACUUAAAAUAAAAGGUUUAUCAAAGCA